CAGCAAAAGAAACUUUGCGAUGGGAAGCGAUUCUUAAUCUCCAGCCGGCCCUUUCUCCUCGAACCCGCUUCACCAUGCCGUCUCCCUUCCUCACCCCCGGCGCACAGACGCAGCUCGACACCCUCGCCCUCCUCCAUCUCCGCCGCGACCAGACCAUCCCGGCCCUGCUGCGCCUGCACGAUGACGAAGACCAGGGCUACAGCGAAGGCAAGGUCGUCAACACGCGGUUUGGCUCGUUCCCGCACAGCACCCUGGCCGAGCAGCCGUGGGGGUCGCAGAUCGUCGCAUCCAAGGUCGACACGGGGUCGCGCGGCCGCAGGGACCCGUCGCAAUUGAAGCGCAAAGCCGACGACUUGGACUCGUCCCCGGCGGGGAACAACGACGGCAACAACAACAAGAACAAGAAAGCCUCCCCGAAGGUCCCCGUCGCUGCGUCCAGCGGCUUCCUGCACGUGCUCGCGCCCACGCCCGAACUGUGGACCGCCUCCCUGCCCCAUCGCACCCAGGUCGUCUACACCCCCGACUACAGCUACAUUCUGCACCGACUGUGCGUGCGACCCGGGAGCACGAUCAUCGAGGCCGGCGCGGGGAGUGGCUCGUUCACGCACGCCUCCGUGCGCGCCGUUUUCAACGGAUACCCCGGGGGGCCAGAGAGCACGGGCAACAGCACGGGCACGAAUCCGACCAAGAAGCGCCGCCUCGGGAAGGUAUGCAGUUUCGAGUUCCACGCGCAGCGCGCCGAGAAGAUCCGAUCGGAGGUGCAGCAGCACGGGCUGGACGGGCUCGUGGAGGUGACGCACCGCGACGUCUACGGGGACGGGUUCCUGCUGAACGAACCGCACAGCGGGGUCUCGCCCAAAGCCAACGCCGUAUUCCUGGACCUGCCGGCGCCGUGGCAUGCGCUGAAGCAUCUGGUGCGCCACCCGGCGUCGGGCGGCGAGUCGCCGCUCGAUCCGUCGGCGCCGGUGUAUCUGUGCACGUUCUCGCCGUGCAUGGAGCAGGUGCAGCGGACGAUCAGCACGCUGCGGCAGCUGGGCUGGCUGUCGAUAUCGAUGGUGGAGGUGGACAAUCACCGGAUCGACGUGAAGCGGGAGCGCAACGGGUUGGAGUUCGAGGGCGCGGCGCGCGGCGCCGUCGUGUUUCCGAAGUCGGUGGAGGAGGCUGUUGCGCGUAUGCGCAUGAUCGAGGAGCGAUCGCAGAGGUUCCGCGCCACCGUGGACCAGGAGAAUGGGAACGAGGGCAGCGCGUCUGCGGACAAGAAAGAGGAGGAGGAGGAGCAGAAACCCGCGCCGGAACAACCCGCUGCGGUGGCGCCUCGAGAAUCCGACCUCCCGUUCCACGAGCAGGGUCGCUUGGUGCAUCGCUCCGAGACGGACUUGAAAACGCACACAUCGUAUCUCGUCUUCGCCGUCCUACCGCGCGAGUGGACGGAAGAGGACGAACAGAGAUGUCGCGAGAAGUGGCCGUCGAACCAGGUGUUCGAGUCGGCUCAGCAAGGGCCCAAGGGCAAGAGGCAGCAGAAGCGCGACGAGAAAGAGCGGAAGAUGCAGGAGAAGAAGAGCUCCGAGGCUCAGGAACCCUAGACCCAGUAGGCUUAAAGUAUAGAGUCGUGCUGCAUUUGGCUGGAAUAAAACAAAAGCUUUCGUGUACUAUAUCUAAUCUUAUCUGAC